CUUAAUUUAAAAUAUGUUAUAUUGAAUUACGAUUUAUUGAUUUUGUGCACACAUAAAUUUAUUAUGUUAGAUAAAAAUUUAUUUUAGUUUAAGAUUAAGUUUUGUAUGUUAAAAAUAUGGGUUGAAGCUUAGUUUUGAUUAAUAAUUAGUUUUAGUGACAUAAUUUAUUUUAUAUUUUAAUCAUGCAUCUUUAUUUCGGUUUUAUUCUUCUAUUUUUGUUGUUAACUAUUAAAAAUGGGUUAUGUGUUCGUUCCUAUAAUAGAAACCGCUUGAAACAUUUAAAACUUGAAGUGAAAGAAAUGUUUGAACAUGCCUAUUUUGGCUAUAUGAAUCAUGCUUAUCCUUUUGAUGAACUACGUCCAUUGACAUGUGAUGGAGUAGAUACUUGGGGAAGCUAUUCUUUGUCCCUGAUUGAUGCUUUGGAUACUCUAAUUGUCAUGGGACACCAUGACGAGUUUAAUAAGGCAGUUGAGUAUCUUAAGUUAAAUGUAACUUUUGAUGCUGAUAUUAACGUAUCUGUAUUUGAGACUAAUAUACGAGUUGUGGGAGGAUUAUUGAGUGCUCAUAUUUUAUCACAUAGAGCUUCUAAAAAUUUAGAGAUGGGAUGGCCUUGUAAUGGACCAUUAUUACGUAUGGCAGAAGAUGUAGCUAGAAAAUUAUUACCAGCAUUUGAUACUCCCACUGGAAUGCCUUAUGGUACUGUAAAUUUACGUUCAGGUGUUCCAAAAGGGGAAACAACAGUUACAUGUACAGCUGGAGUGGGUACAUUUAUUAUUGAAUUUGGUACUUUGUCACGUUUAACUGGUGAUUCUAUAUUUGAAGAAGUAGCUUUAAGAGCCCUAUAUUCUUUAUUUCAACAUAAGUCCAAAAUAGGAUUAAUGGGAAAUCACUUAGAUGUGGCUACAGGACAGUGGAUUGCCCAUGACUCUGGUAUAGGUGGUGGUAUUGAUUCUUACUUUGAAUAUCUUGUAAAAGGCUCAUUACUUUUUAAUAUGCCCAAUCUAAGGAGUAUGUUUGAUGAAUUAAAGAAGUCAAUUGAUAAGUAUUCAAUGACUGCAGCUGGUUGGUAUUUUUGGGUUAGCAUGAAUAAAGGUCAAAUAACAAUGCCAGUAUACCAAUCACUUGAUUCUUACUGGCCAGGAUUGUUAAGUCUAAUUGGAGAUAUUGACAGUGCUAUGAAAACAAUAUCAAAUUAUCAUGAUGUAUUGAAAAUAUAUGGUUUUAUACCUGAGGUAUACAAUGUACUUAAUCAAGAUGCAGUCCGAGAUUCAUUUCCAUUACGUCCAGAGCUCAUCGAAUCAGCUAUGUACUUAUAUAAAGCUACUCAAGGUGACCCAUAUUUAUUAGACAUUGGUAGUGAUUUAUUACGUUCCAUACAGCAUAGUAGUCGUACUCGAUGUGGAUAUGCUACAAUUAAAAAUUGUAAACACCAUACAUUACAAAAUAGAAUGGAAUCAUUUUUCUUGGCAGAGACUACAAAAUAUCUGUAUCUAUUAUUUGAUCCUGACAAUUUUAUUCAUAAUGAUGGAUCUCAUGGAAAAGUAUGGAAGACAGCUGGAGGUCGCGAAUGCAUAAUUGAUGCCGGAGGCUAUAUAUUUAACACUGAAGCACACCCUAUUGACCCUGGAAUAUUACAUUGCUGUUACACUUCUCAUAGCACAGAAUUUUUAUCAAAGCGGACAAAUGAAAACACUUCAUAUACAGAUACAGUUGAAAAGGAUGAAAUUCACAUUAACAAUGAAGAUUUAGGUGAUCAUUUAUACAAGACUGAUAACUAUGAAUAUUCGUACCAUGAAAAUCAUCAACCUCAGUUCAAAAGUAAUUAUAAACAAAAUGUAGCAUCAUAUUAUGAACAUGAUGAUCAAAAUUAUCAAGACAAAGAAUCAAUUAUCAGCCACUCUAAUCAAGGAUUUGUGGAAAAAGAUGAUAUUCAAUAUAAUAUCACUUCACAUGAUAAUAAAAUACUAUUAAAUCAAGAUAAUGAAAAAAACGAAGAUCAUGAAAGUUGGAUAAAAAAACGUAAUUGGAUUACAACAAUGGAAAAUUAUUUUAAUAAGUCAAAUUAUCAAAUUUUGACUUGCCCUACAAAAAAUAAUUACCAUACUGUUUUUCGUUGGUAACUUGAAACAAACUCUUGAAACAAUCCAAUUUUCAAUUUUGUUGUUAAUAAAUUUAAUUAUUAGAUUUUAUUGUAUUAUAAUUUUUUUUUAUAUUUAAUUAUACAAUGUUCUAAAAAUUAUAUGAAGGAAGAAGUGGUCAGACAAUAUUUUCAAUUAAUAUGUUGACAAAGCUAAUAUAUAAAUGUUAUAAAAAUUGUUAAGUUAGAAACAUAAAUUGCAUUUUUUAAUAGAAUAACUUACAAUUCUUGACAAAAUUGGAGCCAUGGAUGAUUUUAAAUUAUUUUUAUGUUGAUAUGUGAUAACAAUCCGAUAUAUCGUACAAAUUUACAUUAUAAUAUAUUUUAUAUAUUGUUCAUUUUCAUGAGAUAAAGUUAUCGCAUUGCUAGAUACUAUAGAGCCUUGUUCACUCGACCACCACUGUCAUCAACUAUUGUAGGUUAUAUUUAUCACAUACCAUACGUUUACAACAACUGAAAUAGUCCAAUAACAGCGGUUAUUGAAUUCCCAAACGCUGAUUAAUAAACGCGCGUGCAGGGGAAUACAAAAAACAAAAUAAUUUUACUAUUAGAGAUGGAAAGUUUAGUUCAUUUCUGUGAAUAGUUCAUUAGUUCAUAGUUCAUUCAAGUGAAUAGUUCAAAUGAACUAUUCUUAAGUUCACUAAUUUUAUUGAUCAUGCUGAUAUUGUUUGGCAAUGAACUAUUCAUUUUAUCACUAUUAGUAUAGCAGUACACAGUUCAGUUGUAGUUCACACUACUUAUGGGCAAUUAAGUUAUAAACUAACCCUUAACCUGAACAUCAUAAACUAAGAAAAAAUUAUUAUUAAUACCCUCAUGGCUCAUGUUAUCAUUAUCACCUAAUUCAAGGUAGAUAUACUGACCAGUAGUCAUAAGUUAAAUCAGAAAUCUGAUCUAAUAUUUGUACAUAGUAUGAAUUUAUUUUAUUGUUAAACAGUUAAAAACCAUGUAACAUUUUAAAAAUAUAAUUUAUUUGUUAUCUAAU